UUGGAAGCGGUAUUUUUCAGAUAGUUUUCGUCACGUUGUGUCUCGGUAAUGUCGUCUUUCAGAGGCACUUCAAUGACAGACGAAUGGAGGGGACUGUUCGAGAGGAGCCGCCUGGUUCCAGCCUCGAGUCAGACGGUUCGCUUGGCAGCAGACCGCCACCUGAGCCAUUCCUGCGGGGUCCAGCUCACCCUCAGCCGGGUCUCAGCGCCGCACCUUCCCAAGGAGGAUCACGACACAGAAACAAGUGUCAACUACCAGGUCCGUGCCACACUGUUCGACAGGACUCAGCAGUGCUUCUUUGGAAAGACGUGGCACAGUUCGCAGCAGAGGAUGAGAAACAAUAAGAUUUCCUUCAAUGAGGUGCUGUACUUCCAUACGUCCCUGCGGAUGCCGAGCACAGUGGUUGUUCUGGAGUUAGUUGCCUUGUCACUCAAGCCAGACAGCUCCCAGCAGGCUCUGGGGCAAGGCUUCACCGUCUUGGAGCUUUUUAGCAGCAAGGCUGAAGCACCGGCUGCUGAGGAAAACAGAAGGUUGGUGCUGCACCACGGGUCACCAAGAAGCCUUCUUCAUCCUCUUCUGAAGGACAUAGCUGAAGACAGUAUUCUUCUGAAGACCGUCGACGGAGCUCAUUUGGAUUGUGGCGUGAAAGGCCAUCCUGCGCUGCUGUCUGUGAUGCAUCUCCUACCGGAGAACGUCCUUGUGUCCGGAGGAGAGGGCAUCCCUGGUGUUGUGGAGUCUCCCUCAGGAGAUUCUCUGUCAAGACCUCAGCUGCUCAAGAUGACGGCCUUCAGCCUGAGCAGACUGACCAUCUCUCUCCAGCCGUCCUUGGAGAAGUUUGAAAGUCAGCUGCUGCAGCUUGUCAAUACUGACUGCCAAAACACGAAACAACAGGGUCAAGACUGUUCCCAGAAAUCUGUGGUGAUCCAAGAAAGAAGGCUUCACGUCGGGGUCCACAAUGGUUGGUGCUUCAUUGAGAAACCCCAAGUGGUGGUGCUGGAGCCCACUUUUUCUGGGUUGCGAGGACGAUCUGAUAGCACCUCCAAACAGAGCACCCAAACCAAGGACAGCCUACCUGCACUGAGUCUACCUCAGACACUCAGUCUCCGCAGCAGCCUGGAGCUUCAGCUGACCAAUCACAACGCUUUGGCCGUCGUUUUUCAGCUGGAGUACGUCUUCUCUGCUCCAAUCGGCCGAGAAACCAUGCUGUCUUCUACCUCAACAUCCAGAGCGGCCUUUUUGCAGUGCCUUCGCUGGGGCGUCUGGUGCCCCUUCAGUGGGUCACCAAACUUGCGCGGGGAGAUUCGCCUCGACUUGGUUGGAGGUGCAAACAUAAAUCCUUACGGUGUCAUGGCCUACAGCACAGAUGUGUCGUCCAGAACUGAGUCCAUUUCAACUCCGGACACAUCUCAGGUUUCGGAUGCAAAGGAUGUGAUACGGUUCCAGUUGUCAUCUAGUUUGGAACGGACUCCGUCAAGCCCAAAGGUGUCUCUGAGGAGAAAGCAGGAGAAUGGAUCACAUCGAAGCAGAACAUCCCUGUUUCCCUCACAUGGUUGCAGUAGUUCUCCAGCUUUACUUCUGGAUUCUCCACAAGGUCCCGGGCUCUCCAUGUCUCAGCUGGCAGCGACUUCACGAUACCCAACCAUCAGCCACUCCAGCUCAGCGUUGCCGUGGCAACAGUCGUUUCCCUCACUGCUCCAUCCUUCCCUAUUGGCAUCGGCCCACCAGCUGUCACAUGUCGCUUGCUCAGCGGUCAGCAAUAUCUCACACCUGGAGACAGACCUUCAGCCCCACCGGGACGUUUCAUCAUCUCAGGAUGAAGGAGAGCAACUGCGGGAGCUCCCCUUCACCCCGGUCCACGCGCCUGUCAUCACUUUGGGGACGAGUGCAUCAAGCUCGUACUCCGCCAGCUCCAGGAGCUCUCUGGCCCACCUCUUCUCUGCUGGUUUUCCUGACCUGCUGGAUUGCAGCGGACAGGUAGCAGAAGUCCUGGACCCCACAGAGCCUGUGGCAUUUGACAUUCACCGCGAGGAGAAAGACCUUCUGCAAGACAACCUGAUGGUUUUCCAGUUUUUAGCGUUCUCCAGAUUCCAAGGGGAGGGCGCUGAACCGGGAUGGCCCAAUAACAUCUACUUCACCUUCCAGUUCUAUCGCUUCCCUCCAGUCACCUCACAGCAAAUGAAACUUCUGUCCAGUGACAAGGUUCAAGUGAAACCCAGCAGUACGCUUCCCUGUGUCCUGGCUUCCGUCAACACCGACGGCUCGGUUUCGAGUGGAUCUCCAGGUCUUCAGGUGCAAUUCAAAGUCGAUGAUGUGUUUCUGAGGCCCGGAGAGAAGCAGUGGUUCUUGCGCUACUUGGCACUUCACACGAUGCACAUCGACAUUUGGGACAGCGACUCCCUGCUCCUGAUUGGCUCGACGGCCAUUGAGCUCAAGUACAUGUUGCGUCAGGGGAAAAAGGCAGUGCAGGCACUUCACGAGGUCGACGUGUUGACAACCAACUAUGUGGGUGAGGACACGUUGUUAACAAGCCCAGAAGUGGGCCACAGCAACCCCCCAAACCCCAUGGUGGUCCACACUGUUCUCAGGGGACGGCUUCAUAUCCACACAGGCAACAUCGGGUGCCAUGUGAUCCCAGGGAACCAACAUGCUGGAGAGCUCACGCCUGCUUACUCCCACAUUAUCACGCCUCGCAAAGUGAUCGGCGGCUUCAGGGGCGGGUGCCUGUCCACCCCACACAUCAUUCAACUCAAUGCGAAGAACGCGGCGCACGCACAGAGGCUUAAGUUGGACACGCAGCGCGUCUCCUCACUCAGCCGAGCUGACAGCAAGCUGGCGGACAAGCGCGACGUGAACGGACUGGACAGCGGCCGCCACAAACUGGAGCGUAUGGCCGCCGUGUACCAGCGAGAAGGGAAGGGAGAUUUCAAGAUGUCUGAGGUCACGAACGCAGACGUCCGGUUGGCAAGGGAACUCCAUCUCGCUCACGCCCAUGAGAACAAGGCCGAGGUCAUUGGCAACAUGCUCAGUCAGGCCAUAACAACUCCGCAUCUGCUCUUCGCCAGCCUGGGAUCUGCUGAGUACAUGGAGUUUGUCCUCAGAAACCCCUACAAUGUACCUCAGACGGUCACCAUCCACAGCGACGACCCUGAGCUCAGUGUCCUCACCGAUGCCGAGGAGUGGCGCUACUUCAAGACUCUAGCCAAGACUCCCACCGUGCUGGAGGAGGACAUGUUCAACUUGGAGGACGUAUCCAACGGGCCGAAGGUUUAUCUCCGUCCCAAGGAGAGCCUCCACAUCCCCCUCAAGUACCAGAGCUUCCUGUGCGACCAGGCCUCUGGCCUCCAGGGGCCCAGCUUCCUGCCAAAAGGGAAAUCUUCGAUGGCCAAGAAGACGCUCUCCAAUAUUAUCCGCGCAAAGACUGUCAAGGUGUCUUUUAAGGCUGAAGACGGAAAGCCGUUGGCCAUCUGCCAGGUAAAUGUGCAGCCGACGCCGCACGUCGUCGACCAGACCUUCAGGCUGUACCACCCGGAGCUGUGUUUUGUCAAGAAGGCCAUCCGCCUGCCGCCCUGGAACAACCCUAGUGAUGAGGACGUGAGGAGUGACUUGUCCGUGUGCUGCAGUGACCCUAAUGUCAUCUGCCAGACGAGGACGCUGGUGCCGGGGGAGCCGCAGGAUGUGUUCUUGAAGGUGCCGGGGAGCCCCAGUCCACACGUGAAGAUGUUCUUCGUGAUGGUCUUCACCGAUAAGUGGAAGGCAGCCCCCUCUCAGAUCUGGCAGGUCUACGUCCACUUCCUGGAGCGCGUGGACAUCAGCUGUGUGACUGGGCAGCAGAUCUGCUCAUCGCUGGUGCUGCGGGGGAAGCAGGCGCUGCGCAAGGUCAAGUGCUUCUCCUCUCACCCUCUGGAGCUGAAGGUCGACCCCGCCAGUGUGUUCAUGUUGCCCCCAGCGGCCGUGCAGGAGAUCCAGCUGAAGUUGCUGCCCUGGCGGACUGGCAGUCGCUUCCUGUUCGUGAACGCCGUCGACGUGGAGCAGCGGCGACUGGUCAGCGGCUGGCUGCUCUGUCUCAACGUCCACCGGCCCGUCCUGUCCAAGGCGUUCGAGGUGCACGUGCCGGUGAGGCGUGGUCGCGGCAGCUCCCGGAAGAUAUCCUACACCAACCCCUACCCCAGCAGCCGCACCUUCCUGCUCCGCUCGGACCACCCCGACCUGCUGCAGUUCAAAGAAGACAAAUUCAAGGUCGGCGCCGGCGAGGUCUACACCAUCGGCCUCCGCUUCGCCCCGAGCCAGAGUCCUGGCUCUGCUGAGAUCCUGGUCUAUGUCAACAACCAGGAGGAGAAGACAGAGGAAACCUUCUGUGUGAAGGUGGUCUACUCAUGACGCAGCCAUUCAUCAGACCUGGGCUCCACCUGCCAGAGACCAUAGAACCAUGGCUGAUCAUUGUUUUUUAACUGUGUAAAUAGUAGAUUUCGCUUUGUAUCGCUGAGUGACGGCACUGCAUCUCAGGAGGACGUCAUCCAGGCUUACGCUAGCACACACCUGGCAGUGAAAGCGUAUGCCAGACCACAUGUGUGAGCAAGGUUUCAUAUUGAUGCACCAGGAAAUUUUACUUUUUGAGUCAAGUGAGCUAUACUUUAGAGUGCGAGCGAGGCUUUACUCGAGUGCAAACCAGCAAGUUUACAUUCGAGUGCGAGCAAGUUUUGCAUUUGGAGUGCUUUACUUUCAGGUGCCAACAAGGUUUGAAUGCAAACCUGAGGUUUAGUGUGUGUGUGUGUAUAUAGUUAAGAGGCAAGACUGAAUGGUGCCCUCCAUGUCUCACAACCAAUACAUUUCAUUUCAACAACUCCUUCCAAGUCCUCAACCAAAAUACUCUUCCAAAACCAGUAUCUGUUUCAUGCCGAUCUCCUGCCAUGUUGUUUUGUCCUCACAGUCAGUCAUUACCUCCAUCAGAGGCAUGAAAGUACAGGUGUUUGAGAAGGACUAGUUGUUUGUAUAUUAGCUGCAAUGUAACAAAGCUGUAUUUAUUGCUGACCUUGACAGUCCUGUACUAAAUUAAAUACUAAAACACCAGAAUAAGAUUUAUUGCCAUGGUCAGUGGGAAAGUGCUUUGGAAUAAAGUGCAGUCAAAAACAUAAGUCGUAAUCGUAAUAGUAAUAUAUAUAUAGCCUCCUGCCAGAGGGAAGAGGGACAAGCAACAUGCAGCUGAGUCCGUCAAAACAAUGAAGACACGUUUAAGUCUCAUUUUGUGAAAUGUUUGAGUGGUAAUUUCUGAGGAUGAUGUCACAUUACCAACCCAUUCUGGCCGGGCUGCUCCCAGUCAGGCCCGUGUCCCAUUCACCCACUGACACACACCGACAGUCAAACUGGACCUGGAACAUGAACCAGACAAAUAUGGUCAGUGGAAAUCAAAAUCGCUUCAGGUCCAGUCUGGAAAUGAGCAACACAACAGUUCAGGCUCUGGUGGACAGUUAAGGCUCUAAAACCACAGCAGCUCCCUGUGACUCUGCACCCGUUUGUCAUGAAGUGCUCAUGCAAGGUGCAGCUCAUCCGUCAGAAAUGUGGCAAGACACCAUUUCACCUGAACUGUUGUGUGAUGAAAUAAGUACUAAGUACAUAACAACUGGAUUUCAGGUGCGCAGAAGGUUCUCAGCAGAAGUCAAAGUAUAUAUGACCAGUGGAGGACAGGCUUACUUCCUAAACCAAAUCUCAUGUCACGAUGAUGGAGUCUCACACAAGUGAGGCUUCACCACUGAGUACAAGUGAUUCGUCAUGUUUGAGUGCGAGCAAGGUUUGACAUGAGAGCGAGGUCUCCAUCGCCACGUUGGUGACCAAGCGACAGGUUUUCCUGAGGGAAGAGAAGUUCGGAUUCUUGCCUUCUGGCUCAGCUCUGACUGUUAUUCAUGCACUUCAAUCCAUUUCACUGACAAGAAUAGAUAUUUUUCUUCGAGCGGCAAAACAGUUUCCUUUUCUUCCUUCAGACCGGGUCAGAGGCGAGGGGUACGCUCGGCGAGGAAACCCAGGCAGAAGUGCGUCCUCUGCCGAAACACUUCAUCGCCAACCACAAGGUGGGCAGAGCAAUAACAUUUUUAUCGGCUUUAAUGAGCCAGCAAGCCCACUUGGAUGCCUGGGUUUUAAUCUAAGACAAGCCAGGGGUCGGCCCUCUGCGUCCCCCUCCGCUCCCCAACACCGUCCCCUCAUCACCGCCGUUAUUACAGACGCUCUGGUAAUGAGGUAUGAUUUUCCAGCGAGGCGCACAUCUCUCCAGAUUGCCCUCAUUAACACCCCCCCUCUAAAAAACACACUCCUCUUCCUCCUCGGUCUCCGCGAGAUAAACUGAGAGAAAGGGAGACGAGGCCUUGUGUUAUGUAACGCGCAGUUACACAAUCCCCUCCGCCCCCUCUGAAGCGGCUCGCUCUCAUUAGGAUGCAGGCGGCAGAAUAAGCUCCGGCGCAGCAGGGACAGCUAAUAAAAAAGAAGCCGCUCAAACACUUCCUCUGGAGCGCCGUCUCCCCUCCUCACACGCGUGUGUGUCGACGCUUCGUAAUUGUGCUUUAUUUACUUGACAAAACAGCUCCUCCAGGGCGUCAACAUGCUAACACUUGACUUGAGAUGCUACAUUUACAUACAGUGGAGGAAGUAGCCCAAGCUACUGCUGCGCUGCAUGAGUUUAAAAUAUUGUGGGAAAAACGUGGAUACGCCUGAAAAUCUGACAGGUAGCAGUAGUUUCGAGCAUUAUCCUGUUGCGGCUGGCGUCCAUCUCGGGACCUUGACUGCAGCGCUAAAAGCAAACAAGGCAGGACGCUGGGCUCAACAUGGUUCAGCCAUGUGGUGGUCAGCCAAACUAGCUCAAAAUACAAGUGUUGCUCAAAACAAAAACAUGUAGGGUAGAAUAUAAUACACAGUGGUACCUCGGUUCUCCACCACAGUCCGUUCUAGACGGCUGUCCGAGAAGCGAUAAGUUAAAAAUCUGAAUCGAUUUUUUCCCAUUACAAUGACUGGAAAAAGAAACAAUGCGUUCCAAGCCUUAAAACAGUCUUUUGUAGGAGUGAAUGUAGAGUGUGUGCUGCAGGUGCGCUGUUCCUCUAUGUGUGUGGCCGCUGCAUGUGGGAGGGGUUGCCGAGUGAGUGACGUCUCUCCAGAAGUGAAGAGGUGCCCGGUGCGUGUCCAGCUCUGAAUGUGCGCUUCUGUGCAGUUUGGCUGUGACAAAGUCAUAAACCAAGUCACGCUCUGUCCCAGACUCGCCUCAUCCCUGUCCCAGCUCCAGCCCACAACAGGACAUCAAACCCUGCACCUCCCCUGUGACACUCUACCACGGUCCUGUGCAGAGACAGGAAAGGUUUUACACCUCAAUAUGAAGAAAAAACAGCCAGCGAACGGAACACGUCUGCAUACAGAGGCUGCGUUAUACACGAUAACAAAGCGCGUCGUGGGUCAGCUGAUCGGUCCGUGCACUGUUUAUUUCGGCAUUUUUCGGGGG